AUGAUAAUGAAAGCGUCACCUAUACUCACUCCUUUGGUGUUCUUCCUCCUCUUCUCUCUAGCCAAAGGGCUGAACCCCAAAUGUGAUGGCCAUGACCAUGGCUCAACCCUGAAAGUGUUCCAUGUGUUCAGCCCAUGUUCCCCAUUGAGGCCCCCAAAGGCAAUGUCAUGGGAGGAGAGUGUCCUACAGCUAGAAGCCAAGGACCAGGCCAGGAUGCAGUACCUGUCCAGCUUGGUAGCUAGGAAGUCAGUUGUCCCAAUUGCCUCAGGCAGACAAAUCACACAGAGCCCUACAUACGUUGUGAAGGCCAAGAUUGGCACCCCAGCUCAGACCCUCCUCCUGGCCAUGGACACCAGCAGUGAUGCUGCCUGGGUUCCUUGCACUGCCUGUGUUGGUUGCUCAACAUUAAAACCCUUUUCCCCUCUCAAGUCCACCACUUUCAAGAAAGUUGGAUGUGGUGCCCCUCUCUGCAAACAGGUACCGAACCCCACUUGCGGUGGAAGCGCGUGCGUUUUCAACUUCACUUAUGGCACUUCCUCUGUGGCAGCUGGUCUUGUCCAGGACACAGUGACCUUAGCCACUGACCCAGUUCCGGGCUACACUUUUGGGUGCAUUCAGAAGGCAACAGGGAGCUCAAUUCCACCACAGGGGUUAUUAGGCCUGGGCCGAGGCCCAUUGUCACUCUUGGCCCAAACCCAAAAGCUCUACCAAUCUACAUUCUCCUACUGCUUGCCCAGCUUCAAAACACUCAACUUUAGUGGGUCACUGAGGCUUGGGCCUGUGGCCCAGCCCAAGAGGAUCAAGUUCACCCCUCUUCUCAAAAACCCUAGAAGGUCAUCACUGUAUUAUGUGAACUUAGUGGCUGUUAGAGUUGGCCGGAGACUUGUUGAUAUCCCGCCGGAGGCUUUAGCAUUCAACCCCACCACCGGUGCCGGCACCAUUUUUGAUUCGGGUACGGUGUUCACCCGGCUGGUUGAACCGGCCUACACCGCCGUCCGGAACGAGUUCCGGCGGCGAGUCACCGUUGGCAAGAAACUCACCGUGACAAGCCUUGGAGGGUUUGACACAUGCUACACGGUCCCAAUAGUUGCACCAACCAUAACAUUUAUGUUCUCCGGCAUGAACGUGACACUCCCACCAGAAAACACCCUCAUACACAGCACCGCCGGCAGCAUCACGUGCUUGGCUAUGGCAGCGGCGCCCGACAACGUGAACUCGGUGCUGAACGUGAUCGCCAACAUGCAACAACAAAACCACCGUGUGCUCUACGACGUGCCCAACUCAAGGCUUGGUGUUGCUCGUGAACUUUGCACCUAA